UUCUGUCUUUGACCUUUACCCACAAUCCACCGGGGGAGACUAAAGGCGCCUUUCGCAGCCCAUGCAUGUCAACAAGGAGGAGGAGAAGAGGCUUCAAUUAGAAAAAUCUAAUGCGUGAAUAAAACAACACGCUGGUUUUGUGGGACAAUACGCGUGUCUUCCAUUUCUCAGUUUAACGUCCUUUACGUCAGUUCACUCCGAUAUGGCUCCGUUCAGCUUAAUGACAGCAAGUGCUAGCUGGUUGGCUAAGUCCUUCAGUGUUCUCUCCUGCACAAGCACUCUGGCAAGGUGCACCAGUGUCCCCCCACCUGCAUACAUCAACUCAGUGAAAUGGCUGUCCUCUCAGGCCAGCGGGCCCCCAAAGAGACCUCUAAACGGAUACAUGAGAUAUGUUCUGCAGGAGCAGCCAGUCAUGACCAGACACAACCCAGAAUUCAAAUCAGUGGAUAUCAUCAGGAGAAUCGCCCAGCAGUGGAGAACUUUGAGCCCUGAACAGAAACAGCCUUUCCAGGAAGCCUCUGUACGGGCCAGGGAGCAGUUUAAGGUGGACCUCCAGCGCUACCAGGCCCAGCUGACCCCAGCACAGGUCCAGCAACAAGCCCUGGAGAAGAGGCAGAGGAUGGCCAAGAGGAAAGCCAUCCGCAAAAAGAGGGAGUUGACCAACCUGGGGAAACCCAAGCGUCCUCGCUCGCCGUUCAACAUAUUCAUGUCGGAGCACUUUGAGGAGGCCAGAGGAACCACCACACAGGCAAAGAUGAAGUCGCUUAUGGAGGACUGGAGGAAACUGUUCAGUCAUCAGAAGCAGGUCUACACUCAGCUGGCCGAGGACGACAAAAUUCGCUAUAAAAACGAGAUGAAGUCGUGGGAAGACCACAUGAUGGAUAUCGGACGAGAAGACCUGAUCCGAGAGCAGACCCUGUCUACCAAGAAAAAACCUGCUGCCAAAACUGUAGCGGCCAAGAAAGGAGUGAAGAAGGUUAAAGCCAAAGCAGUGAAGAAGGCCACUGCCACAGCAAAGUCAAAAACAACUGGGAAGACAACAAAAAGUAGCUCUGCCAAAACGGUCCGGACUACCAAGAAGACAUAAGAUGUGAUUAUCUUCACAUUUUGAGUAGAGGGGGAAAAAAAAGGGUUCAUGAUAACUGAAAACACAAGUUCUGAUGACCCAGGGCUGUGCUUGGUUUUUCCCCUCAAACUUAAAAGUCAUGUGGUCUUUCUUCUUAGGUUCAACAGGGCAAAUCUUUUUACAGCGUUCAGACAGAUCAAGAUAACUUUACAUUAACCUUAUAAUCACCUUUUGUUCUGUGAAAACUACAGCAAAUAAUACAAUUCACAAGGAGCAAUGUGAUCCUAUUGUCGCUUAGUACAAACACACACCCUGGCUUUGAUUGAUUGGUUAAAUCCAUCUAAACGAUGUAAAGGGGGAUUGUUCCAAGCUAAGAAAGUGAGUUAGUUGAUGAAAUGUAAUGUUUUCAGAAGCUCAGACAUUUGAUUUGUGUUAAAGUGAUUAUAGGAGGCACAGAUACUAAGGUUAAAAGGUUUCAUUGCCCUGAGUGUGACCACAAUUUGUUUUAGGGGAAAAUAAGGAUUACUGUUGUCCCCAAAAUCUAGAAUGACAGCCGUCUUAUCCUUGUCAAAGUGUAUGUCACCCCCCGGCACCACUGCUUCUAAAAACCAGACAGUAUCCUGGUUCCCAUGAACGCAACCUGACUGAAUUUGUUGAGUUGUUGCUGUUGUUAGCAAAACAUUGUACUGUCUCAGACGCAGCCUCAAACUGUGAAAUACUGCUAUUUGUCAUUUAUGGCAAAAGUAACAUUAUUGACUGACGUUUUGGUUUUCUAAACACCAGAAGUUCCAAAUUAUGCAUUGUUCCAGUUGAUCUUUAUAAGAGAUGCUUUUUGUUCGGUUAACUGCUGUA